GAAGAAAUCAUCAAAUCAAUAUCCGGAAUCUAUCUUUAAAAGAUGUCAAAUGAGAAAAAAGACGACAAUAUGAAGUAGGAGCACGGAUUUACCGAUAAAUAAUAUCAAAAGACAAAGAGAAACCGAGACAGACGUUUAAGCCAAGGGCAAAGCGAUUUCCUCUGCCUGGGAAUUUAUCAGGAUAAGCAAACUCGAUAUCGCUCCUCGAUCCGGCGAGGAGGCUUCCAUGUAAUUCUAAACUGUUCGAGGCCUCGCGUGGCCCUGUCGACAAAGUAACCAACAAGCGACGCUAACCUCAUUGCCGUCCACCUGUUUUACCGAGUCCGAAGACCCAACAACCAUGGGAACCAAGGUGUACUUGCUCGUCGAGACCGACGAAUCCAAUGCGGCUCCUCUCUCGAGAAUGAUCACCCAAUUGGCGAAGGGAGCGCAGCCGAGCUCGCAAGACUCGCGCCGAAGCUGCCCAACGCACGAGCCGCCCGAGAAUUUGGGGGCGAUAUUUUCGGUCAUACCGCCGCAGCAGCGAACCGAGCGCGGGAGGGCUCACCCGGGCGGCACCCAGUAUCAUCCCUCCUUCUGCAAGCCCAGGUUCAGCUCGAGGGAGACCGACUCGUCCGAACGUCUGCCGGUUAUCAAGUCCCUGUCGCUCGCGAUACCUAAUACCUGCCCCGACAGCAUCGGCCACGAAGUGAGGAAGUCGGCCAUCGUGGCGGAGGCGUGCGUCGACGAUACAGGCGAGGCUCACACGAAAAUCUUGGUUAACUCGGAGGCGCCGAAGAAGAACUGCGCGCCGUCUAAUCCUCGGCUCUGCAAACUCGAGUGCCCGCUGGCGUGCUCCUCCCGCGAAAGACGAAACGGCCUCGAGCCGACGUUCGCCGAGUUGCGGGGCAAGAAGUUCCUAUAUCUCCCGGUCAAGAGCAGUCGGUGCCACAACGUCGGCCCCAUACUCUACGACAGCACCUCCACCUCCUCCAUAAAUUCGACCAACUCGGGAUACUACGCGAAUCGGAUUACGCCGGUCGUCGCGGAAAUGAAGAGGUGCGCGAGGAACAUACCCGAGGCCAGAUUAAUUAAGUAUAACGCCUGCAUCACAAGAAAGGACGGCAUGCAGGAUAACUGUGAUCCCCUUACACGGAGGGCCUUGAAGAAGUGCUAUAGGAAGUGAAUGAGAGGAGGGCCGAUGAUUUUCCCGAUGCAUUACUAAUGCUUCUCUUAUGCCACACUAGUCCACCUAGUUUGCGCGAUGCAAUAUGAUAUGUAAUAAUGCGACCCCGACCCCAGCGAAUGCACGUUUCGCGGCGGACUCGGAGGUGGCUCCUUGACGUCAAAUUUCAUUUGGCCACGACUGUGCGCGCGCAUCCUCGUAUUCCCUUGUACGUAAUUGUCAAUGAGCGAUCAAAUUUUGUGUUCUCUGCUAAUAUUCGGUAAAUGU